AUGGAGAUAACAGGAAAAGCUGCACAGCCUCUUACAAGUAGUAAUGAAACUGAAAGGUGAGCUUUUUCUUAUUCUGUUUAUUUUCUAUUUACUGUUGUACCUGUAAAAUUGCUCCUUCCGUACUUACUGCAAGUCACUUUUUUUGUGAGUGUGUUUCCUCAUUGUACUACCAGUGUAUGAUUUACAUGACUAAAAUGCAAAGCUGUCACUAAAAAGUAACUACCAAGCUCAGCAAAAAAUGAUAUACUUGAAGUUUUGUGCUGAAGCGACAUCCUGAGAGCACUUUUACAAGGUUAUUUUGUGUCAUUUGUUUAGCUUCUUGUUUGUAACCCUGCUUGGAGUAAUUUAAAACUGGCUGAUCAUCCAGCAGCGGCAUAUGAUCUUCCCUACAGAAAUCCUAUCCCCUGGCGGUUGUUGUAGUGUCUUUCAUCAGGAAACAGAGGACAGAAAAAAAGGGUGGGAAGGAAAGGAGCCUAGCUGCUUGUCAGUCCUGUCCUCACAGCUUAUUAAUGUUUGUGGAUGAAAUGUUUUCCUCUGCAGGGUCGACCCCUACGGCUUUGAGAGACAUCAUGAUUUUGAAUCCUAUAAGGAGAUGAUGAAUGAAUAUGUAGCUGUCCUCAACAGAAGAUCCAUGAGGUGGUCUAAGCUUCUUCAAGAGAAACCUCAUGUGGAGAAAAACCUCACAGGUAUGAUAAACGAACACUUCUAGCUUGUGAAACAAUAACCUCUCUGUGUUAGUGUUUUCUGCUUUUCUUGGUUUAUUUGUUGUACUUUUAAAAUCUGUUUUGGUAGUGAAAAGGUAUGUGCGCAAAGGUGUGCCAAACGAACACCGGGCCAGGAUUUGGAUGGCAGCUAGUGGCGCACAAAAACAGCUGGAGAGCAACCCAGGCUACUACCAAUCUUUGUUGGCCAUGGAGCAUGACACAACUCUAAAGGAAACUAUUCGCACAGGUGCAUUAAGAGUGUUUUGUUCUUUCUUUCUUUUAUUUGUUUGUUAUUUUAAAAUAAUGGGAUCCUAUUUGUGUCAAAUUCUUCAAGACCACCUGUAGUCUUCUUGAAAACCUAACCAAGUAGUUUGGGUGCCUAAAACACAACAAGCAGAAACCUUUUUACAGCUUUAACCACCUGAAGAAAACGUUUGGUGAAUUUUCCAGUUUGGAAAGGUUUUUAAAGAGAGAUCACAGUGAAGAUUUGGAUAAAAAGUCCACACUGACUUCUAUUUCAUCUAUCUUGCAGUUUGAUUGCCUAUUUUCCUUUAUGCUACUUCCAGUAGAUCGUAAGUUGCAGAACUGAAUGACAAUAAAUAACAGAACGAUCAGAAAGUGUAAAUGUUCAGUUGAUUUAUAACCCAAAAAAGCACAAGCUCUAGUUUUUGGUUUUAGAUUCACAAUAAAUCUUAAACAUCAGCUCUAAAAGUGCCCAGUGGUCUUUCAGUGGGUUGCUUCAGCUAGCUCGUUAGCAGCCUGCUACUUCUUCUUUGUCUUAACUCUGUUUUAUGACAUAGGGCAACCAGCAUAUAGAACCACUAUUAAUAACUCAUGAUAUUAAUGUAGGCUUAUUUUAGCUUGAUUUCAACAUUUUAUUAUUAUAAAGAUUGUUGUUGUAGCAAUAGCUCGAAUCUGGAUCUGAGAUUUUUUUGCAGUCAGCUAAUCAAAAUAAUGAAUGUGUCAUGUCCUAAAACUCUUUCUGGUUGGCUAGAUGUCACACAAUGGUGUGAUGUAAAUCUACAGUAUUGUCAGAGUAGCCGAUUAACAUUCAAGUUUCAUUUUUGAUUGGACAUUUGCAAAGGUAUCCAAGCAAAACUGUAUGUUGGAGUUUGUUUCAUACAAAAUUUUAAAAGUUUUUAAUGUUUAUAGUCAUUGCAUAUCAAUUCCUUAUAUUGGUUAAAAGAUUCAUGAACUACCCCACUGAGCAUUUUUUGUUCUAAAAGAGGUCUAAUAGAUGUCUAAUAUAAAAUAAAUUUUUAUCGAAUAAUGGGUUAAAGGGUAAUGUCUAAAUUCCAUCUAAAAAUAUACAGAAUCUAGACGGUUGAAAUUAGGUCUAAAAAAAAAAACUAGGCGCCUAAUAGCCGUCUAUUGCUCAGUGGGACUGGAAUUAGUAUCAGUAUUGAUAUUGGUAUUGGUAACAAGGUAGCUUACAUAUCUAGGAAGGCACCACUAAUAUUAUACAAAUGUGUACAGAUUUUGGAGCACUAUGUAGAGCAAUCCAGACAAUGUGUGACAAUGAGGCCUUGUAUAUUUCAGGAAGACAGACCGUUUAAUGGACGCUUUACAACAGCAUGGUUUCAUUGUAGAAGAGUCCAAGAGCUAAACCCGUCGUUCCUCACAUACAAGUCCAUACCAUUAAUCUCCUAAUCUUUUAAUGUCUCCUGACAGACAUUCACAGGACCUUUCCUGACAAUGUCCUCUUUAAAAGCAAAGCCGAACCCAGCCUGCAGAGAGUUCUGUUCAACGUGCUGCUGGCCUAUGGGCACCAUAACAAGGCAGUGGGUUACUGUCAGGUAAGGUAAACACUUUCUCUCCUCUCUCUUAACAUCACCUUUGUUUAUCUUAGGAACAGGACCGUCUGGUUCCUUAAUCAUUUGAAUACAUCGAUUUACAUGCAUAGGAUUUAAACCAAAUUGUGCUUCCGUACAGUUUGAGCGCAGUGUAAUCUAUCCCUGUUGGCGUCUUGUAAAGGUUGUAUUAUCAGCUUAAAGAUGUCGAAAGGUCAACCCCAGCUAUGUUUACUCUAUCUGUGGCCUACAAUCUGAAGGCACUUGGUGUGUUUCCGCUUCAGGCACCACAUUAGGUUUUAGGGGUAUUAUUUGACCCUUAUAAUGUAACUUUUAAGCAACACGGUGUUUCUGUAGCAAACACUAAUAGGCAGGCAAAUAUUAAACAUAAUUGAGAAUGAGGUAGUGAUUACUCCAUUGGCAUUUAGCUACGACUACAACAUGCAAGUGGGGAUGCAUACACCUGUGUUAUUGCUGUGUCUGUUUAUUCCAGGGCAUGAACUUCAUCGCUGGAUACCUCAUCAUCAUCACCAAAGAUGAAGAAAUGUCCUUUUGGCUUAUGGACGCACUGUUGGGCAGAAUGCUCCCAGGUAUAGUGCCUGAACCCAUGUAAGAUGGUACAAGUCAAUAACCAGUGGAAAUGGUUAAUGGUCAGUCUAAUAAGAGGAACUUUUUGACCUAGAAACUAGACUUAUGGGACAACCUGAGAGCAGAGCCUCACAAUAAAUAAAACAACAUGCAGGGGGACGUGUAUAUUUAGGAAUUUUUUAUCAUCAACUUUGCCAUGUGUACUGGUUUCCACCAUAACUUUGUUAGGUAAAUAGUUUACAAAUAUACAAACUAAGGUACAUCAUCUGUGUAGCACGACUGUGACAGUUCCUUUUCAUGUGACCCAUUGAUAUAAUACAGGAAAAAAAAUGUGGACCAGGAUUGGAGCCUUGUGGUACUCCACUUGGACUAUUUUUUUGCUCUUAAAAUAGUCCAGAUCAUCGCGACAAUCUCAAAUGUACAGCAGAGUAUUAGGACCAAAAUGAGGAAAAUAUAUUUCUUUUUUUUUAACUCUGAGUAAACCAUAUUCAAAUUUAUAAAUUUAGUCAACGAUUAGCCACAUAAUGUUGUUUUAAAGGGGGAUACUUGGAACAGUGCGACGCUGAUGUGCCAAAACAGUACAAGUACAAUUUGACAAGAUGCUUGUGAAAUUCUCAUGAGAAAAUGAUUUAACCAGGACUUCCUACUGACCAGAAAACACCUUUGAAAAAAAAUUUAAAUCUAAAAAAUUGUCUUUAAUGUGGCCUUAAUACUUUGUCAUUCAAAGUUCAAAUUUGUGUAUUUGGUCUUAAAAACAGUCAAGGAGCGCUGUGCUUGAAAUGCAUAAAAAGACACACACCUCCUUCACUGAGUUAGACAAAGGUAAACUCAUCAACUCCUGGUAUGAUUUCAGACUACUACAGUCCCGCCAUGCUGGGCCUAAAGACGGAUCAGGAGGUUCUUGGGGAGCUGGUGAAGGCUAAAGCUCCUGCUGUGGGGCAGCUCAUGGCUCAGUUUCCUGGCAUAUGGACACUGGUGGUGUCACGCUGGUUCAUCUGCCUCUACAUUGAUAUACUUCCGAUUGAGGUGAGGACAUCUUUGGAUCAGUAGCAGAGGCAAACUAAUGAUUCAAACCACAUUUUAAAUAUUCCUGGUUUCUUGUACUUGCAGACAGUUUUGCGGAUCUGGGAUUGUCUUUUCUAUGAAGGUUCAAAGGUUCUUUUCCGCGUCGCUCUGACUCUCAUCAUACACAACCAGCCAGAGAUCUUGAGAGCUCGCUCCUUGAUGGAUGUGUGUGAGUGCUUCAAACAAAUCACAGGGGGAACUUUCACUCUGGACUGCCACACUUUCAUGCAGGUGCGAUCAAAAUACUCUGUUGAAUCACUGGAAGUUAACUGUGUGAAAAUGGAAAUGAAAAUGAGAGUCUGGAUCAGAAGUUGGAGCCCUUUGAAGCUCAUUGCAUGUCCUAGAAAUUGUGUGGGUUUUAUCAAGCAUACUUGCAGACUUGCACUACAUCUAUCAAGCUGUGACUAAUACACUUGAGCAGACAUCUCCAGCCCUAAUGUUGUAUAUGCAAAUCAGAAGGUGUUUACUUUGUUAAAUAACUGUCCUCCUUAUUUGAUAGUGGCACAAAAACAAUUUAGCACAUCCCACAUCAGCUGUGUGCGUGUUUGUCAUUUGCAAAUGAAGCUUCAAUAACACACCAAGUAUGAGAUAAAUGGUGGUGAUUGGUCCGACCACAGCCAGGCAUGUUUAUAUCUGCCUGAGCUUGAGGGUGAUUGGGCGGACCUGCUUAAGAGAGACAGCUAGUGUGGCUAAAAGUUGUCUUACAAUGAGUAACAUUUGAUGACACCUUUUCCUCACCCCCUUUAUGUUUUUACAGAAAAUCUUUACAGAACCAGGAACCCUUUCUAAGGGAACUAUCGAGAAACUGAGGGAGAAAUGCAGACAGCGAAUACUGGAGGAGGAAUCUGGACAGCUGUAA